GCGCAGAAAGCAGUUUGGAGUAAGACUCACAAUUGUAAGGUGCAAUAAAAUUCAAAACAUAGCAAAGUUUGAAAGAAAAAACCACGUCUUAUUCCAACUCACAACAAACAAACUUAAUGAUCAACUGACAAAAAAUCUACCGUCAUUAAAUUUAAGUGUAUUGUGAUUAUAAAUGUAUUCCCACGAGAAGUAUGGAUUUUGAGCAAAAUAACAAACUAAUUUGCACUAGUAGAAACAAAAAGAGUUGCAGAUGACCACGGGUGAAGAAAACUAUGGAUCUAAAGCCAUGGGCAGUAUCAAUCAUGUUCAGCUUUCGCGAAAAUCCUCAGAUACACCGAGCCCAUCAAGUGCCUUCGACACCGGUCCUACAAUUGAUACGGAAAUAACCCUCGUCAAGUCUCCACAGGAUAAUAGUGAUAACGAUAAUGGAAGACUUCCAGAUGUUGUUGUUGAGGCAAAGAUUUAUGAUGAUGAAGAUCGGAUCCAAGAGACGUAUUUUUCGAUUGCGAUACAAGUCUUCAUUCCUUUCCUAAUCGCUGGGUUUGGAAUGGUCUUUGCCGGGCUAGUUUUAGACAGAAUACAGCACUGGCCAGUAUUUGAAGAAAUCACAGAACUAGUAAUCUUGGUACCUGCACUUUUGGGCUUAAAAGGCAACUUAGAAAUGACGCUAGCGUCUCGACUAUCAACGCAAGCCAAUCUCGGUCAUAUGGACACAACCAAACAAAAAAUAAGCAUUAUUGUUGGCAAUCUAAUACUUAUCCAGUGUCAGGCCAUAGUUGUAGGGUUUUUGGGAGCUGUAGUCGCCGUUGUAAUGGGAGCCAUAAAGAGUUACGACGUCGAAUUAGAUCGUGCUUACUUGUUAUGUGCCAGUAGUCUAGUAACAGUGUCAAUAGCCAGCUUCGUCUUAGGUUUAAUAACAGCUGGCGUCAUUGUCUUCUCGAGACAUUGCCAUAUCAACCCUGAUAAUGUUGCUACCCCUAUAGCGGCAAGUUUAGGCGAUAUCACAUCACUAACGCUCCUUUCAUGGGUCUCAACCGUCUUAUACGACUCACUUGGCACCCAAGACUGGUUAGCGCCGUUAAUAAUCGCCGGCUACAUCUUGGCUAUCCCCCUUUGGGUCUGGAUAGCCAAGAAAAACGUGUAUACGAAGGACGUCCUAUACCAUGGGUGGACGCCCGUGGUGGUCGCAAUGUUGAUAAGCUCAAUGGGCGGCUUAAUCUUAGACUUCAUGGUGUCCAGAUUCGAAGGAAUUGCAGUUUUCCAACCAGUCAUCAACGGUGUCGGAGGCAACCUCGUUGCAGUUCAAGCGAGUAGGAUUUCAACAGCGCUACAUAAACAAGCCGAGCUAGGUAUCCUCACUUCCGAAUCAAACGUCGAUGAGGAUACCGUCAUUUUCAUAUCACCUGUAACCAGUUUUUGCGGCAAAGGAGUGCACGCUCGGACAACACGCGUUCUGAUGUCAAUGGUGAUCCCCGGCCACGUCAUAUUUAUCUACACAAUUGAUUACAUGAAAGGCGGAGACACCUCCCUUAGCUCUUUAUUCGUAGUGGUAUAUCUAUGUGCAGCUGUGAUGCAAGUAGCCACUUUGCUGUAUGUCGCAUACAUCAUGAUCCACUGGAUGUGGAAGAAGAAAAUCGAUCCGGACAACUCCGCUAUUCCGUAUUUGACGUCAAUUGGGGAUUUGCUAGGGAUCUCGCUGCUGGCUAUUGCUUUUCAGUUCUUGUAUCUUGUCGCCGAUCACGACACACCAGGUGAUCGCUGAACGAGCAGGUGCCGCGCACUAAAUACCUCUUCAAACUUCUUUGUUGUGAUAAAAACACAAAAUGACAAUAGUUUUUUAGUAUUAUUGUCCUCGAAGCGACGGGAGAGUAUGUCUUAGAUAGGUAUAUUAUUUUAAUAUAGAGAGUUCAGCUAUAUAAAUGUAUUUUUCUUUCUUAGAAUAAAUGAUGGCAAACA